CCUUUACUGCACAGUAACAAAAUUAUCAAAAAUAUUCAACAAAUUUCGAGAUGAAGAUUUAAAGAUAGUUUGCUGUUGGGAUUUUUUGUUGCUACUCUUCUUGUGAAGUCCAAACAUCUUUUUCCCACACAAGUGUUUCUUCGGAUUUUAGUGGUCACUCAAGAAUUUCCUCUCAAACUUCUAAGAGAACAAAUCAAGUAACUCAAUGGCUUCUCCAAGCAAACAAGAGAUGAACACAAGAUAGGAAGAUAAGAUAAUUAGUUUUGAAAUCCGUAUUAACUACUCCUAGGCUGGAUUUCUCCUCAGCCAGCAGAAUUUCUCUUCCACCACCUAGCCAAUUAAAUCAAACUUUUGUUUUUCUCUUUUUUCUUUGAUAGAUCUUUUUCUUUUUUUUUCUUUUUUUUUUCUUUUUUUUUAUUAAAGAAGAAUGGCGGUAGGUAAGGUAGUGGCCCAAAUUUGAGAUAAAAAGAAGAAGAUGAAGUGUUUAGAAAAUGAAAGAUGAGAAGAUGGAUAGAUAGUACCGGUUGAGUGACUUUGAUACCACUUGAUACGCCUUAAAUAAGGGAAUGAUCACUCAGCCGGACUAAGAGGAUAUGAACUCACCAAAAAGGAAAAACUGAUGGAUUGAAUGAUGACACAAGAGGGACGGAAAGUCUCUUGAUACUACCAGACUUUAGUUGUUGCUUGAUAUAGCCAUCUCUCCCACAGACCACCGUCCUCUCUAUCUCUCUCUUAAUUCAACGGCGGAGGAGGACAAGUAUUGUUCCUGUUCGAGGUAAAGAUACCUACAAGACUCUGCCUUUAAACAGAUUUUAUCCAAGCACAAAUAGAUGUAAGUUUUUUUUUUUUUGUGUUCUUAUUACAAGCUUGUUCAUGAGGUGCUUUUUGGUCUUCUAUUAACAACGACAAGUAUCCCUCUGAUGGCUGUAGCAUACAACUCGAUAGAAGUCAACUCCAGUGACUAGGUGAUGCGACGACAACACUCAGGAGGUGGAUGCUCUGGAGGCUGGAGGCUAGUGGCGGAGAAUUAGGGUUGCAGGCAGAGGCUUAGUUUAGGUUAAUUAUGUUUUGGUAUAAUGUUUUAAUUUAUUUUUCGUUUAAUGUAUUCAUUAAUUAUUUGUAUAUUGAUUUUAAUUAAUAAAUAAAAUUUACCUUUUAAUUAUCAAUUAAUUUUCUAUUCAAUUUUGAAUUAUUUAAUUAUGUUUAGGUGUAGUUUUUUUUUAUUUUUUAAAAUUAGUUUGAUUUUAUAAUUUUUUAAAAUAAAAUUUUAAGAGAAUUUAAAAAUAAUUUAAUAGCACGAAACAUUAGCUAUCGUUGCUAAUUUAACUAUAGCAUACAAGAAAACCACUAUUAAAAGUGUCGGACCUAUUAUAACGGGUGCUGUCAGAACGGCUAGAAUUCAUAGUGUUUUCCGGCCGCUAUUAGGGCAUCUCCAUUCCUAUUCCAUUUUUUCCUCUAAAAUGGAGUAAAAGUGAAUAUGGAGUAAAGAAUGCUCUAACCCAACUUCAUAUCUCACUCCAUAAUGAAAUUUACUCCAUAAAUAGAGUAAUCUCUUUUUUGUUUGUUCAUAACUCUAUUAUGGAGUGGGAAAUGAAGUAGGGUUGAGGCAAUUUUACUCUAUUUUCACUUUUACUCUAUUUUGGAGGAAAAAAUGGAGUUUUACAUUGGAGAUGCUCUUACUACCCAUAUAUUUCCUGUAGUGAAUAAUGGAAGAUUUGUAACUGCCCAAAACCUUUAACCCAAAUUUAACUUUGGAUUAAAAGGAAGCCCGCUGAGCAUAGUCCCAUUAGGGAUAAACCUAGGGUUUUCCUUUCUUUUUAUUGAAAAUAGAAAUUCCCCAUCUCUUUUCUUCCCCAUCAGAAAACCAAAGAAAACCUUGCAAGUUUCAUAGAGUUUAGAAACAAGAGAGAGAGAGAGUUUAGAAACCCUAGCCGUCAUAUAUUCUCUCUCUCUCUCUCUCUCUCUCUCUCUCUCUCUCUCUCUCUCUCUCUCUCUCUCUCUCUCUCAUCGGCCUCUCUUUCUCGUUUUCUUGUGUGUCCCUCUCUCCUCGCGCCCGAGCCGGCGUCUCUCUCCCCUCACCGCCGGACCGCCAUGACAUCAACAGAUAGCUUCCGGUCGUCCAUCCCCUCCAGCCGAGCUGAGAUGUCGUGUGGUGUUGUUGUUUUUGCUGCUCGGUGUUCCUUGUUCAUGUUGUUCAGAUCUGCGUACUAGGAUAUUAGAUGCAUGAAACGGAUUAGAUAAAUGGUUGCUAGGUUCAGACUAUGUGUUGUGUGGUUGGUCCUAAAGUGUUGAACGAUGAAGAGGAAGAGUGUGAAAAAUGGUGUGAUGAGAUGUGUGUGAACUGCCGUUUUGUAUUCAGCCGGUUGUCUCUUAGGUAGGACAGCAAUGGAUGUGUAAAACGUGUUAAGAUGAAGAAAUUCAGUUACUUUGGGUAAAAUUGUAAAAACCAAAAUUAGCCGAAAACCAAACGAAUUUUUUCUGGUUCACUUCAGUGAUACUGUGAACAAACCAAAAAUGCCUGACCGAAUAAACAAAAAAAAAAGUGUAACCGCAAGACUAGUUCAAAUAGCAAAAAUAAUCAAGUACUUAAUCAUGUUCAAAAGAAAUAAUAUUUAAUAGUCAGUAACUGGACUAAAAAUUUGUGAUUCACAAGUUUACUUAUGUGUAUGAAAUACAUUAAAAACUAUAAAUUAAUAAUGUUGAGACUAUGAUAUUUUAUUAAGUUUUAGAUCUAUUAAUUUAUAACAAAAGAUUUCCUUUUUAGAUUUUUCUAUCUUUGAAUAUUUCUAUUUAUAAAAUAAGAAAUUAUUUGACUUGACUGUAUAUACAUUAAUUAAAGUUUAGAAAUUCGACUUUCAUAUUGUUUUAUUAUAUGAUUUGGUGAAUAUUUUAUGUUUUAUAAAAUUUAAAUGUGGUUUCGAUAUAAUUUUACUAAAUAUUAUCAAAAUAUAUAGAAGUUUUAUGAAAAAAUAGAGGUAUUUUCGUUGUGAAUAUAAAACCUACAAUAUAAUGUUUAAUUUGUACUUAUCUAUAAAAUAUAUAUAUAAACAGAUUAUUAAUUUAUAAUUUUAAUGAGACCAUGUAUUUACAUAGAACUUUCUAAAAAUUAUUAUAUUAAUAUUUUAUUGAUUUGUGUCAUAUUUUGAACUAGCCCACUUCAAGAUCGAAGAAAAUUAUUAAUUUAUAGUGUCUAUCAAUUUAUCGAUUAUUAAUUUAUAGAGUUUUACUGUACGUAUAAUUAAGGAUACAACUUCCAAACAUGUAAUCUUAAAUCAGUGGCCUUCAAAAUAUUUUCGGUAGCCAAAAAGGAAAGAAAUCUACAAAUAUUAUCCUAAAAUCUAAAAAAUUCAUAUACUCUGAAUUUAACUGGUCCAAGCCUUAAACAUCAGAUUUUCGAGGGAAAAAAAAAAGACUUGUUUUCAAGUUUGUGAGUAAUUUUUAAUAAAAAUAUUCAAAGAUAGAAAAAAUCUAAAAAAGAAAUCUUUUUUAUAACUAAUAAAUCUAUAACUUAAUAAAAUCUUUGAUUUGACUGUACAUACAUUAAUUAAAGUUUAGAAAUUUGACUUUCAUAUUGUCUUAUUAUAUGAUUUGGUGAAUAUUUGAUGUUUUAUAGAAUUUAAAUGUGCUUUCGAUAUAAUUUUACUAAAUAUUAUCAAAAUAUAUUUGAAGUUUUAUGAAAAAAUAGAGGUAUUUUGUUGUGAAUAUAAAACCUACAAUAUAAUAUUUAAUUUGUGCUUAUCUAAAAUAUAUAUAUAAACAGAUUAUUAAUUUAUAAUUUUAAUGAGACUAUAUAUUUACAUAGAAGCUUGUAAACAUUAUUAUAUUAAUAUUUUAUCGAUUUGUGUUAUAUUUUGAACUGAUUCACUUUAAGAUUGAGGAAAAUUAGUAAUUUAUAGUGUCUAUCAAUUUAUCGCUUAUUAAUUUAUAGAGAAUUACUGUACUUAUGAGGAUACAGCUUCCAAAAAUGUAAUCUUAAAUUAUUGGCCUUCAAAAUGUUUUCGGUAGCCAAAAAGGAAAGUAAUCUACAAAUAUUAUCCUAAAAUCUAAAAAAAUUAUAUACUCUGAAUUUAACUAGUCCAAGCCUUAAACAUCAGAUUUUCCAGAGAGAAAAAAAAAGGACUUGUUUUCAAGUUUGUGAGUAACUUUUUUUUAGAGUAUGGCUAUGGAAAGCACGAACCAGCAGAUUGUUGACGCAACGAUCGAAGACGCGAUAUAUUGUCACCAAGUGAUAUACCUUCGUCUUUGUUUUGAUAUUAUGAUGAAACUUAAAAUGGAUACUCGUCCAAUUCUGCGUUUAGAUUAAACUUUUUGUCUUGUCAUUUGAAGUUUUAUUUUGAUAAGUGGUCUUUAUUUUGCAGUGUCGUCACAGGAGAUCGGAUGCUGUUGGAACUUGCGUGACUAAGGAGGGAACCAAGACAUGUGGGUUGAAGUUUUGUCCUAAGUGCCUGUUGAGCAGGUACGGAGAGAUCGGGGAGGAGGUUGCGCUGAAUGAUAAUUGGGUUUGUCCCAGAUGUAGGAAAAUUUGCAAUUGUAGAAGAAUAAAGGUGAGAAGCCUACUGGGAUGUUGACAGCCACAGCUAAGAAAAAUGGUUGCUCCAAUGUCUCUGAGUUCCUCAAAAAAGAGGGUUCUGAAAAAUACUUUUACAGGGGGAAGGUGAAACCGGAAAAUGUUAUUGGACAAGGGAAUUGUGCUGAAGGGAUAAAUGAUUCAACUGCUGGCUGCAGCGAGGAGAAUGCUGCGGCAAGAACCAAACCCGUUCUCAAGGAGAAAGAGGAGUUUCAGCUUGCGGAGGUUAAGCUACCACAGGGAAUCCAAUCAAUCACUGUUUCAAGUGUUGACUUGCACCCUGAAAAUGCUGGAAGUGUGCUUCAGUUUUUAGAGUUCUGUUUAACGUUUAGAGAGGCUCUGGGUUUGAGGGACGGGCAAGCUCAUUCGGUUGUACAUGAGGUUCUAUCUGAAAGAAGCACGAGCCAAGAGCAUUCUAUGCUUACCCAGACGAUAAUCCAGUUACUGACUCUUAUACUAGCAGACAGAGGAGAAAUAUCGGUUGGCAUUAGUGCCACUGAUGAUAGGUGGUUCACUAUUCUUGGAGAGUGUCUUGCGGAAUCAGAAGUUAAGCUUGAUGACUUCCCUCCUGAGAUGUUUCAUAAAGGCAUUUCUGAGUAUGCGGAGAUGGAUUCAUCACAAAAGCUUAAGCUUUUGAAUUAUUUAUGCGAUGAAGCGCUUGGCAUAUCGUACGUUAUAGAGACAUAUUCAUACAUACAUACAUACAUAUAUAUAAGAGGGCUUAAAUGCUGUGAUAAAUUUAUCAGGCUGAUGAGGAAUUUCAUCGAUAACCAUGAAAACCCUAAAUAUGUUGAAAAGAAAAAGAGAGCAGAAGAAAAGUUGAAUGCAGCAGAAGCUAAGGAGAAAGAACUGUAUCAGAAGAUAAAAGAUGAUUUUUCCAAAACUGAAGCAGAUAAUAAUGGGGUUGCAUUAACAAUCGAACAACGGGUUGCAAUUAUAUCGCAAAUGUCUGCUGAAUCUGACGAAGUUCAUUUUGAAAAGAAAAAGGCAUUAGAAAUGCAACCUAAAAGUCAAGAAUAUAACGAUGCUCUUAGAACCAACCCUGUUGAACUGGAAGACAAUGGUCUUAUUCUCUGGAAUUUGAAGUCGUACAAUGAAGAACCAACCAUUUUGCUUCAAGAUUUGGGAAGCUAUAGUGACAUAUGUCCUCAUGAAAAAUGGUAUUCUUUUAGCUCCGAGCAGAAACCACAGGUUGAAAAGUACAUCACUUUCAAAAGGAAGAAAAGUCUUCUAGAAGAGAAGAGAAAGAGGAAGGAGAAGAAGAGGAAGACUGUCUUUGAGUAGUAAUGAUGAUUUUUUCCAUUUGCCUUUAAGCACAUAUUACAAAAAUGGUGUCUAAGCAAGCAAAGGUAAAAAAAAGUGGACUCGUGCAUUCUUCUGACAUGCAAUUUUUAAAUUGCAUUUGAAUAUGAUUUGUUGUCUUAAUUACAUUUCUGAACAAUCCAAAAACUUUUUUUGUACUUUUAUGCUAAAAACAUUUCCAACAUGAUUGUGAACGAAUAAUAUUUGUAUCCAUUUUAUGAGUGUGAUUGGUUACAUCAUAAAUUUAGAAUGCGGGAGUAUUGUAAUUUUCAUAUUGUUAGUAAUCAUACAUAUAGUAUAAUUUUAAUAUAGAUUUUUUGGUGGAAUUUUUGUUUUAUAUAGCUUUACAGAAAUGAACAAGACAAAUAAAGAAUGCAUUCUUAUUGGAAAAAAACACUAGUAAAAGAUGGCAUAAGUUUUGCAUGUUAAAUAGUGUCAUACAAAAAAAGACGUUAUACAAGAUACUUUGCUCACCUUCCUGGAGGAAAAUCCAAGAUUUUUCUUCUAUUGGAUAAUUACAUUAAGAUGUUACUUUGUAAUAAGUAUUCUAAUCAUGGUAAAAAAUCAUACACAUUUAUGUUCAUAGUUACAAAAGUUGAAAGAACUAUAUAUACACUCUCUCAUGAUUUUCUUAAUCAAACUUUUGUAUGAUUAGGAUUAUCAUUCUCACCAAAUACAAACAUGUAAUAAGUUUGGUAUUUAUGAAAUAUCUACAGUAUAUGAUAUAUGAUAUAUAUAUAUUUUUCAUAUCACAAUAAGUUAAUGAAAUUAUUAUUUUUCAUAUCACAAUAACUUUCUUGUGAUUUAUUAUCGAACUUUCUUACGAUUAGAAUUAUCAUUCUCACUAAAUACAAAAAUAUAAUAAGUUUUGUAUUUAUGAAGUAUCUAAUGUAUAGAAAUAUUUUCAAAUCACAAUAAGUUAAUGAAAUUUUUUUUUUAUUAAAUAAAAAUUAGUAACAAUGCUUGAUUUCAAAUAAAUAUAAGUAUAUACAAUAUUGUUAACAGUGACGCGGUGCUUGUUGCACCAUUUUCAUAUAUCAACAUAUUUUCAAAAUUUAUAAGAUUUUUGUUAAAGGCUUUUGUAUUAAAUAUAUUUUGUGUUUUUUUCUACAAACGAGACAACUGGAAUUGAAAAGACAUAAAAGGAAAGUAAAAUUAAAAAAACCGAAAACAUAUAAACUGGUUCAAACAAACGGAAGACUUUGAACAAAAACUCCCCAAAAUGGCAAGAGAGCAAAAGAGAGGGACAGCCGCCGCUGAACAAAAACUCCCCGAAACCUUCCUCAAAGAGGCACCAUGUCCUCAGCGAACUAUCGCCAUUAGUCGGAGCUCCCGCAGAACCAUCAACUGGAAAGCAUAACCACUUCCACAAGAAGGAAGGCCAAGAAAACAAGGUGGUGACACCCCCAAACGUUACGAAACCUGAAAAGAAAACAAGUUAGUGCAAGAUCAGUGAAGAAACCACCUGACUGGAAGGCUUCGCCGGUUCGGAACGUGCUUGAGGAUAAGCCUAAGCCGCUCCCGACACCCACUCGCCUCCACCUCCUCCAGAAACCCUCCUCUUGACCGUCAAACCACCGUCCUCAACCAGCCGUUAGCCUGUCAGAGAGUCACCAAGAGUCCGUAUCCGAGGAUCCAAUCUCCUCUACGUCAGGCCGCUGUCCCAAGGAGACCUGUCACAUCACGCCGCUUCACCGGAAACCACAAAACUUAUAUGUUUGUUUCACCAAGAAAUUGUACUGAUAUGCGUUAAUUAGUCAAUGUAUUUUUUAAAAAGAAAAAUCUAGUUGGUUUUGCUGAAUUCGUAAUCCCCACAUCAUAUGUAUAGCUAACCUAAAUCUUUUCACAAUUGUCAGCAACUAUGUUAAUCAAAUGAAAUUUAAUUACUGACAUCGUUGUAAUUACUGUUAUAUAAAUACGUUAAUAAAGUCUCCACCCGGAAACAUAUUUCAUUUAUUGCCGGGUGGAGACUUUAUUAACGUAUUUAUAUAACAGUAAUUAUAUAACGUAUUUAUAUUAACAUAUUUCAUUUAUUCAAGCUUCCAACAUGCUAAAGAAAAAGCAAACACAUUCGCAUAGGCCAUAGACCAUUUUCUCCGUUAAAUAAAUUGUUUUUAUACCUUCACCGACUUCUUUUUAUUAUUAGAUGUUCAAUUGAUGUUAAUAUGUUAAUGGGUUUCCAUGUUCUUAGUUGCAUCUCAAAUUUUCUUUUGAAUCAUGUGUUUAAUAUGUAGGAAGAAAAGUCUUCUUGAAGAGAAGAUGUAGAAGAAGGGAAAAACUAUUUUUCAGUAGUAGUGAUGAUUCUUAUCAUUUGCCUGUGAACACAUAACACAAAAAGGUUUUGCUUAGUAGAGGUAAAAAGGUUGAGUCAUGCACUCUUCUAAGAUGCCAUUUUAAAUUGAAUUUGAAUGUGAUUUGUUGUUUAAUUAAAUUUGUUAACAAUCAAUACUCCUUUUGUAUAUCUUUAUGCUAAAAACCUUUCCAACAUGAUUGUGAACAAAAAUAGAUUUAUUCAGACUAUGAGUGUGCAUGUGUGAUUAUUCAAUGAAAAAAAAUAUCACACUAUUAAGGUGAUCCAAUGGAAUCAAGAAAGUGAUAUGGAAGCUCAUCUUCAGAGUCAUGCAGGAAGUACAGAAGUCAGAGGUGCUAACAUACAAAAGGUACUUCCAGAUGACUCAAUUUAUUAUUGCAAAGUGGACGCUUCUUGGAAGAAUGCAAAUGAGGUAGGAGGUAUUGGAUGGGCCUUAUACAACAAAGAAGGCGUCCAAAAACUCCAAACUCUGCCUCGAUAAAACCAACAAAUUCCUCAGUGGAAGCUGAAGCUCAAGCAUUGUUAAUGGCAGUGCAACAGAUCAGGAGGCUUGGAUACAAACAAGUUACUUUUCUCAGUGAUUGCAAGCCAAUGGUAAAAGAGUUGGAUCAGUGGAAAACUGUAACAACCAUCAAAGACAGUCCAUAACAUAGAGACAACCUCUAUGGUACAGGACAUUGUAGAUCGUUUAAGUAAAAAUGGUUUUCUUUUUCUUAUGUUUCUAGAUCAUAUAUCAAUGAAGUUGAUGUAUUAGCUAGGAAUGCUAGAAGCACAAUGAAAAACUAUAUUAUAAAAUGGUUAUCUUGAUCAAUAAAUGAAAACGUUGACAAAGAACAAAAAAGUUACAUUAUAAAUUAAAAUGUGGGAGUAUUACAAUUUUCAUGUUGUCACUAUACAUAUAGUAUAAUUUUCAUAUAGCUUUUGUUGAUGUACGUUUUUCAUAUACUCACUCCGUUUCAUAUUAAGUGUCGUUUUAGAGAAAAAUUAUCGUUACAAAAGAAGUGUCGUUUUCAAUUUUCAAUGCAAAAUUUAUUAAUUUUAUGCAUCAAUUUAUUUUUCUAUUGGUUGAAAUAUGGUUAGGUAUAUAAGUAAUGAUGUUUUUGUAUAGGAAAUGUAUAAAAUUAAUUGUUUUCUUAAUCCGUGUGCACAAACCCAAAACAACACUUAUAAUGAAACAUAGGGAGUAUAUUUUGACAUAAAUGAACAGUACAAAUAAAGAGUGCAUUAUAAUUGAAAAAAAACACCAGUAAAAGAUGGCAUAAGUUUUGCAUAUUAAAUGGGGUUGUACAACAAAAAAAAGACGCUAUAUACAAAUACUGUGCCGGUCCUAUUAUUUAAUGGGCUGGAAGCUAAAAUAAUAUACUAGGCCUUUAGAUUGACAUAUUCAAGAGAGUAUAAUCAAAAAAAGUAUUUAUGAUAAGAGGAAUACUCGAACUCUGAACCUUUGCUAUGGUAAUAGUAAUCACAACCAACUCGACUAACAAACAAAAUUAUUAAAAUGUGGCCGAAAUUAUAUUUAUUAUUUGUCGGUCGGAAGCAGCUGCUUCUGUUACUUACCUUCAAGACCGGCUUCAAGACCGGCUCUGACAAGAUACUACCUUCCUGAAGGAAAAUCCAAGCUUUUUCUUCUAUUCGAUAAUUACAUUGACAUGUUACUUUGGAAUAAACAUUCUAACUAUGGUAAAAAUCACACAUAUUUAUGUCCAAAGUUAAUUGUCAAAUGAUUAAUAUCACAACUUAACAAUCUAUAGUUGAGGCUAAUCCCUCAUAACAUAUUUAAACCCUAAAAUCUAACUAGGGAAUUACUCAAACAUGGCCAAGUAAUUCAUAACAGCAAUAAGGUAUGAAAACUGCAUUAGAAUAGUGAAUAGAUAUCAAUGGAGUUCCAAUCACAAAUAUAACUUUGGAUCUUCUCUCCAAUCUAUCAAAAUCCUACAAAACCUUUGCUGUGAAAAUCGUAAAACAAGAAAGCACAUUUUGCCUCUAACAUGUUGGAAAAGCUUAUAUAGUUCGGUUAAAACUCGUCAGGGGUAAUCUUGUAAAUUGGUGAAGACUUGGGCUUCAAGUCGGCUGUGACCAAACGGGUUUCUGCGCGCUUCGCUGUCGAUCGAUGUCAAGAUGUGAACAUCGAUCGAUUAUUCCUCUUCAAUAUCGACCGAUGGUCGAACUCGAAGGUCAUCUCAGGUGCUUAGUCCAAAUAUAUCUAAAUCCUCCAAAAACAUCACUUAUCUCCAAAUCACUCAUGAUCCUGUAAAUAUACUAAGUAGACUCUAUAAUAUAAUAAUUAAUAGUUAAAAAAACUUAUAAACCAUGGGUAAAAGUGGAUCAAAUUCAUGGUCUAUCAACUCUCCCAGACUUACCCUUUUGCUUGUUGAUACCACUCAAAUUAUCCUAAGGGGUGAUUUAUACUCGCUCAAAUAAGAGGUCGAGUUGUACUACUUAGGGAUCGAAUUCACAUGGAGCUAGGGAACCUAAGAAAUCUAAUAUGAUUUGUUAAGUUAGAUGGUCUUAGAUAUUUAAAUGUAAAUUGUAGUUUUAUAUUGAACAAGUGUUUGUUCAAUUGAUCGGUUGAGGUUUUGGUGCUUAAAAAGGAAAUAGUUAGACUUAAGGUUUUUAUUCAGGAAACUUGGGAUUAUAAUCCUACAGAUGCCUAAUGAGUUGCAUGCAUGAUAAUGUAAAGCUCAACUACUUAGUCAACAAGUCUAUCAGCUUUCGCAUGUUUAGACUUGUCUAUUAACUAGAUCUAAUGAUCUCAACUAUCAUAUGUCGACCAAUUAGAAAGUAUCGAUCGAUGAUCUUAUAGGGAUAUCGAUCGAUACACCUUUCGCUCCGUCGAUCUAUUAUUCAAUAAUGAUAUCGAUCGAUGCGCUUCUAGUUAAGUUUUAUGCGCAUGUUGAAUGAUAGCUUACUAAUCUCACUAGAUCAGCUCUCGCCUUACUCAUACCAAGAAACUUAGCUCAGUUAGAAUGUUUUCAGGAUGAGAAUGAAGCUUUCGCUUUUAUCUAUCAAUCCUAGGGCAAGUUCUAGGUAGCUAAUCCAGAGACAUACAUUAAUGAACAAUCCUAAUGAUAAUUACCACAACUCAGCAAUCUAUAGUUGGGGCUAAUCUCUCCUAACCUAUUUAAACCCUAAAAUCUAACAAUGGAACUACUCAGACAUGGCUAAGCAAUUCAUAACAGCAGUUAGGUAAGAAAACUUCAUUAGAAUAGUAAAUAGAUAUUAAUGGAGUUCUAAUCAUAAACUAUAACUUUGGAUCUUCUCUCCAAUCUAUCAAAAUCCUAUAAAACCUUGCUGUGAAAAUAAUAAACAAGAAAAACACACUUUGUCUCUAACAUGGUGGCAAAACUUAUAUAAUUAGGUUAAAACUCGUCAGGGUAAUCUUGUAAAUUGGUGAAGACUUGGGCUUCAAGUCGGUUGUGACCAAACGGGCUUUCUGCGCGCUUCCUGUCGAUCGAUGUCAAGAUAUGAACAUUGGUCGAUUAUUCCUCUUCAAUGUCGACCGAUGGUCAUCUCGAGUGUUUGCUCCAAAUAUCUCCAGAAUGCUCCAAAUAUCUCCAGAAUGCUCCAAAAUCAUCACUUAUCUCCCAAUCACUCCUGAUCUUAUAAAUAUAAUAAAUAGACUCUAUAAUAUAAUAAUUAUUAGUAAAAACACAUA